ACGUCAGUUGAAAGUUUUUCGUGCGUCUUUGGGGAGGCUGCGCGUGUCCAAGUUUUGGGGGUGGGCCGUUUGUAGCAGAGAGUUUUAUGUUCGUUUUCUGUCAUAUGCCAUAUAACAUUUUCAAGUAGCAACCUUUUAUGGCAGAACUACAAAAAUUAAACAACAAAAUUCCAUCAAAAUCCAUAGUCAAGUCCAACCCAGAUCCCAGACCUCAAAAUGGUGAGGCGCAAGGUGGAUGGCGUCGGGAGGCAGCUUUCUCUGACGGCCUACCAGCAGCUGAUGGCGCAGGGGAGUAACUUUCGUCACCCCGCACGGCAGCCGCUGGUCCGAUCGCUGGACGAGUGCUGGCAGAACACGUGCUGGAACAAGAUGAGCGCCCUUCCCCGCAUGGCUGUGCUGGAACCGAGCAGUCGCCGUGUGACCCGGGCGCGACGCCCGCUGAUGUGGCCGCCCAGGGAGCUUGUCAGCGUGCCACAGCCCAAAGGCAUGCGCAUGGUGCAGGGCAACUAUGUGAGGCAGCAGCCACAACAGCAGCAACAGCAAGUACAGCAUCAGCAAUAUUAUCCGCCGACGUGGGGCAGAUCUCAGUGGGAGGGAACCAGGCGCAGUCAUCAACCUGCCGUCGCCAAAUUCAUGUCAGCUUGGGAAGACUGCCAGAGAAGUGCAGCCAACGCCCAGCAGCAUCAAAACUCACCCAGCUCUCAGGACGGCGUGGAGUGUCCUAGCUGCCAGGCGGCGCCUCCUGUGUGCUACUUCGAGUCGGAGGCAGCCCGAUUCGCUGCGGCUGCCAGUCGCAUAGAGCAGCAGCAAAAGGAGUUGCACCUGAAGCAGUUGCAGCUGCAGCAACUGCAGGAGUUUCACUCGUCGCCACAACCGUCACAGGUGCCUGCCCCCGUGGGUAUACUAAAGAAGCCAGCGCGUCCGGAGGGAGGCCAGAGCUUAGCUAGCGAGUUGCAUCCCAAGAUGACGAAGCGGGUGACCAUACAUGGGAUGCAUGCAGUGGAUGGCAGGCACCAGGAGAGGGUGUUGGCUCCAGCUGACAAGCCCAAGAGUCGAAAGAAGAGCAAACAGAAGGAACCGCAGAGAGAAUAUCUCCAGGAGCAACAACCACUAAAGCCCAUUAACGUGCCACAGCAGCAACAAAGUCCUUGCACCUUUAAUUUCGGGAAAUUCGUUGGCCAUUUCAUGGAUUUCUGCGACCGGUGUUCAGACUCCGAAGGGACGGACUCCGAUGUGGGAUCUUUCACUAAUGACGCAGCACCAGAUGCGGUGGAUACAGCGGCUAAGCCCAAGAAACGCUCGAAGAUAAGCUCCAAUGGGGAAUCAGUGGACAGUCCCUCAGCGACGUCCCUCAAUGGGGAGUCACAACCACCCCCGGAGUGCCCAAAGGUGGAAAGAGUUCUGCGCAAACCGAAGCCAGAGCGGCAGGAAAAGAGAUCUUCCAAAGAAUUAGGCGACAACGAAGUAGACACGCAGGACUCUGGCACCAGCACCAGCACCCUCACCACAGAGAAGAGCAAGGAGGAGCUCAGGACUCCAACAGAAUGCGUAGAGAAACCCAGGCGAAGCAGAUUACUGCCGAAGACGCCCAACCAAAGUCAGACGUCCAUAAGGCACGAGUCGGAGGAGUGCACCGGCAGGGAAGGGCGCUGCAGCCUGGAUGUUCAUGAUGGAAGCCAAGCCUCAGAUCGAGAACAAACCCAUUCGUUGGGCAAGAAGAACCGCAUCCGCAGGGUGAACAUCAACCAAUUGCUGCAGAACCAGGAGCUGCAGGAUGGCAGCGCCGUGUGGGCGUCCCUUGUGCAGCUGGUAAGUCAGAUGUGUGAUCCACUGGAGAAUGAGGAGGAGGAGGAGCAGCAGCAGGAGAAUGACUUUGAGUCAUGCGAAGAGCAACGCAUGAUGGCGGGUUACGGCACCCAAAAGAAGAGAAGGAAGCAAUACUCCGUCUAUCUCAUGGUCAACUCGGAUGACGAGGAUGAGGAGGAGUACAGCUCGCUGAAGCAGGAGACGGCAUCACCUGACAUUCACAGCCACGACCGCAUCUCGUAUGAUAGCCGCAGCCACAGUCCGACUUUGAAUGAGAGCCACAACGAGCCCCAUCCAGAUGCCAGGCAAGAUGACUACGCCAAUCAGUGCUACAGACUCUUUCAGGAGGAGCAAUGCAAGCUGGGACGCCGCAAGCGAAAGCGGCGCUCGGGCAGUCGCAUCAAGGAGCUGGCCUACCCAUAUCCCACACUCCCACCGGGCCAACUCCUGCGUCGACCUCUGCACUGGCCCAAGCCGGAUAUGUCCAAAUCCAAGUCCCAGGCGCGACCACAGCACCCACGGGCGACGUCCAAGCCGCCUGCCAAGAAACGUGGCCAUCGAUCCAUCAGCGCAGUGAGGGAGCAGCAGCAUGCCCAGAGAGUAUGGGGAAAGGGGCCGCAGGCCAGCACAAGUUGCAUGAUGUACCCCAUGAUGAACAGCACGAUGCGACAGCAUUACUAGGAUCUGGGCUGGACAUUCGUCCCCUCUUCAUUGUGUUGCGUUUGGUAUUCGUAUCUGUCUAAUUUGUGUGUCCGGCACAGACCAUAGACAGAGGCCAAGUCAUUGAUUUGCAAAAAACAUUGCACCAUGCCUUUGUCUAUGGCCUGAACCUGGAGAAGAUUCCAUAAAUUAGUUGUGAAUAAAGAAAGAUCUAGCUUUGGCCCAAAGCUCACCACUUAGCAACACUCCCA